UGGGAGGUGUUGACAGCCGCUGUCAUGGUUCGUACGCUCAACUGCAUCGCCGCUGUGUCCCAGAACAUGGGCAUCGGCAAGAACGGGGACCUGCCGUGGCCCCCGCUCAGGAACGAAUUCAAGUGUUUCCAAAGAAUGACCACAACUUCCUCAGUAGAAGGUAAACAGAAUUUGGUGAUUAUGGGGAGGAAGACAUGGUUCUCUAUUCCCGAAAAGAAUCGACCUUUAAAGGACAGAAUUAAUUUAGUUCUCAGCAGAGACCUCAAGUAA